UUUGCGGAGAAGGAAAAGGUUAAUUCCUAGUUAGAGGGAAAUGGUCAUACCAGAAAGUGACUGCGUGACCAGUGGUCAGAGCUGCAAAUCGAGCGGUGCUUAAACUGGGAGCUUCCGUGAUUGCUGCUCCAAUCUAGGGAUUGUUUAGAAGCCGUUCAGUUCUCGAACGCCAGUAAUGAUUCGGAGUGAUUAAGGAGGGAAUUCGAAGCAGAUUCUGGGUCAGUGUUCAUGCCUGCUAAAAGGUGUGAGAUCGACCUGGUGAUAAAGACAAGAGGCAAAGGAUAGGUUCUGAAAUUGCAAACAACAAGUGGAUUGCAGCGGGGAUGGGAGUGAAUAAAGAAAUUGGUCCCACUGAGAGAAAUGGGGAAAUUGAACAGUUUGCUGAAUGGUUUAAUGAAUAAACUCGUCUCAGGCUUCCAGCCGGGUUCCGUGGAAUGGACUGCCAGCGACGGUGGUGGAGGCGGAGACGAUAGGGUCUUUUAACAGACUCCUGGACAGGUACAUGGAGCUCAGAAAAAUAGAGGGCUUUGGGUAACUCCGGGAAAUUUCUAAGAUGUCCAACUCGGAGAAAGCCGUUCUAAUCAAACCCUCACUGACUGAGGCCCAGGUGGUGGAGAUCGUUGGUAGAUUGUUCUGUCUGAAGGUCUCUGAAGUCCAACCGAUGCCCAGCUACAUUGACCAGAACUUUCACAUCCUGGCAGCUGAGGCCCAGGCAAGCGAGCAUCCGAGGAGGAGCUACAUCUUCAAAGUGAUGAACACAGAUGACAGCCAAAACGUAGAUUUAGUGGAAGCACAAGUACGAGCCAUGAAUCUUUUGAAUCAGAAAGGAUUUCCCUCCCCCACAUCCAUCCCAACCAUAGAUGGCAGGAUUAUGUCACUGGAGACGAUUAUGCAGGGGAAUGUCUGCAAGCAACAUGUGGUCAGGCUGUUCAAUUACCUGCCUGGAAUCCCACUCGCCAAGUUCUCCUUGGAUCAUCGGAUGUACUACAAACUUGGCAGAUUUGUUGCUCAAAUGGACAAGGUGCUUCAUGAGGAUUUCAGUCAUCCAACCUUGAAGAGUCUGCAUCGAGAACAACUUAUAUGGAGCCUUUCAAAUACUCAUCUCCUGGAAAGGUACCUGCAUGAAAUGGAGGAGGGUGAAACACAACAGAUUAUACAGCAGGUUAUUCAACAGUUCAAGGAAAAGAUCCGUCCCAACCUGGACAAGUUUCAGAAAGGCUAUAUUCAUGGUGACUGCAAUGACUACAACAUUCUGCUGGAGCCUGUGAAUCAGCUGGCUGAUCAGAUGCUGGAGAAAAUGGAAAAGACUUCCUCAGAGCCAGAGUUACGGAUUUCAGGAAUCCUGGAUUUUGGUGACAUGAGCUAUGGUUGUUUUGUGUAUGAGUUGGCGAUAAUCAUCACCUAUCUCAUGAUUGAGAGAGAAAGCCCUCUGGCUAUUUGUGGUCAUGUCAUCGCUGGCUUUGAGAGUGUAAUCCAGCUGAUGGAGGAGGAGAAAGGAGCGGUGUUCCUGUUGGUGCUCUGUCGGUUUUCUCAGAUGCUGGUGCUGGCCAGGCACAAUGUGCUCCUGCAUCCAGAGGAUGAGGAUUACCUCACUAUCCACUCCAAGAAUGGCUGGAAAUGCCUGCACUUAUUGUGGAGAACAGGUAAAGAGGCAGUGGAGAAGAUCUGGUUUGAUAUAGCCAAAAGCUAUCAGCAAUAACACAAGUGCAGUUUGCACACAUGUACACACACACACACACACACACACACACACACAGUGAAUAACACAAAUACAAAGAAUUCAAUGGGUUAGUAGUAUCUGUGGGAGUGGCCGGGAUCUGUAGUAAAGUUUAAUUUCAAAAUUAAACUUUAUUCAAUAUAGUCAAAAGAAGAACACAAUGCAAAAUUUUUCAUGUUCUUAUUGGUGUUCAGUCUAUAUAUUUAGUGUUUCUGGUUUUACACCUAGUAGUGUCAACACAUCUUUAUUUUGUACUGAGCACUAUUGCCAGUCAUGCUGCACCCAGGGGUGAUACACCCUUCCAUUGUUUGAGGGACUUCCUCACCAAACUCAGUGCCUUCGUGAUCAGCAGCAGAAAGAGCCCAGACAGUGGUCGCUCCGAAAGAGCCUUUGUAUUUUCCGUAUGAAACUUCAGGGCAUCCCUCAGCACGUACUCCUUCAGCCUGGAAUGUGCCAGUCGGCAGCAUUUCCUUACAGACAUCUCACUGUGCUGGGAGACCAACAAAUGUUGGGCAGACUUUGAGAUGACAUGCAGCUAAUUAAUUAUCUUCCAGCAGCAAUAGAUGUCUGCCUCUAUGUGUGCCCUUAGGAAUAGUCCUAGAUCAGACAGUCUUCUGUAGCUUAGCUUGCAUAGCCGCUCUGGGUGAACUGAUACAAGGAGACUUAUACCCUUCUCUACACCUCUUUACCUGCAAAGAGGAGGACACCAUCUCCUCCCCAUUGCAAUAUGUGUUGGGAGUGAUUUUCUGACUGUACUGGAAAGUUCUGAUGAGAGAGCCCCUCUCACCACCAGCCAAGCUGGUGCUUUGUGAGUUCUGCUGAUGAGUCAUUGUGCCAGAUGAUUUGGACAGUCCACUCGGGGGAGCACCCCACAUGGAGUCAGGAGGGGGAUGGAAGGUGGAAAUAGUAACAGAGUCUGGGAGUUGAUUACUAGAGACAACAAAGAGUUGCAGCUGAUGGAAUCUGAUAAGAAAAGAAGGUGAGCUGCUAACAGUAAAAAAAACCUUAAAGGUCCAGAAGUUUAUUGCACCUUCUCUGUCAUCUGCAACCUCUUUAAGGAUUUUUAUUAAAGUUACAUUUUC